AUGCUGCUUCUAGUUCUUUUGGCCUUUUCCGUAUCGAAUACGUUUUCUGACUUGGAUUCUGACCUCUCAGCGGAGACUUGCAGCGCCUGUUCUUGCAUGUCCAUCGAGAAUGUCCUCUAUGUGAACUGUGAGAAAAUAACUGUGUACAGACCUACUCAGCUGCUGCCCCCGGUCUCUAGCCUCUAUCAUUUGAAUUUCCAAAAUAACCUAUUGAUCGUCCUUUACCCCAAUUCCUUUCUCAAUUUCACACACGCAGUCUCUCUUCAACUGGGAAACAACAAAUUACAGAACAUCGAGGGAGGGGCCUUUUAUGGCCUUAGUUCAUUGAAACAGCUGCACUUAAAUAACAAUGAAUUAAAAGUGCUCCGAGCUGACACUUUCUAUGGGAUCGAAAACUUGGAAUACCUCCAGGCUGACUACAAUUUGAUCAAGUAUGUUGAAAAAGGAUCCUUCAACAAAUUGCAUAGGCUGAAAGUUCUCAUCCUAAAUGACAAUCUCGUCCAGAUCCUUCCUGAUAAUAUUUUUCGCUUUGCCUCCCUUACUCAUUUGGAUAUAAGAGGAAACAGGAUUCAGAAGCUACCAUAUCUUGGAGUUUUGGAACACAUUGGACGUAUAGUGGAAUUGCAGCUCGAUGACAACCCAUGGAAUUGCACUUGUGAUUUGUUACCCUUGAAAGCUUGGUUGGAGAACAUGCCCUAUAACAUUUUUAUUGGGGAGGCUAUAUGUGAAACCCCUAGUGACCUGUAUGGAAGCCUGUUGAAAGAAACAAACAAACAGGAACUGUGUCCCAUGGGAACAGGUAGUGACUUUGACGUAAGGAUGCCCCCUUCACAGCCAGAUAAUGGCCAAACAACAUCCGACACUGCACCCACUACGAUACCCCCCAUAGCCACAAAAGAUCCCAAAACAACAAACCCAUCUAAAAUGUAUGGUAACGGGAUUGUUGGUUUACCUGGUUUGAAUAAACAUAUUCCAAUUAUGUCCUAUCAAACAAGAACCCCACCUCUCUCCUGCCCACAGCCUUGCACAUGCAAAGCUCAUCCCUCAGACUUUGGCAUUGGUGUGAGUUGCCAAGAGAGAAGUAUACACAAUCUAGCAGAUCUCAUUCCCAAACCACCAAAUGCCAAGAAGCUACACCUAAGUGGUAAUUAUAUACAAGAUAUCAGUCCAGUUGAUUUCCAAGGUUUUGAGGGUUUAGAUUUAUUACAUUUGGGAAGCAAUCAAAUAGUCACAGUUCAAAAAGGUGUCUUUGCAAAUCUGACCAACCUCCGUAGGCUUUAUCUCAAUGGGAACCAACUAGAGCAGCUGCAUCCUGAGAUGUUCAUUGGGCUCAGUAACCUCCAAUACUUGUACUUGGAAUACAAUGCCAUAAAAGAGGUGUUAGCAGAGACCUUUGACUCCAUGCCAAAUCUGCAGUUGUUGUAUCUGAACAAUAAUGUGCUAAGGAGCCUCCCUGCCUAUAUCUUUGCUAGCGUUUCCUUGGCUAGGCUAAAUCUUAAGAACAACCAUUUCAUGACUCUGCCUGUGAGUGGCGUCCUAGACCAGCUGAGGUCUCUCACUCAGAUUGAUCUGGAAGGCAAUCCAUGGGAAUGCUCCUGUGAUUUAGUGGCUCUGAAACUUUGGCUGGAGAAGCUGAAUGACGGAGUGGCUGCGAAAGAGAUCAAAUGCGCAUCCCCAGUGCAGUUUUCCAAUAUAGAGUUAAGGCUGCUGAAAAAUGAGGUCCUAUGCCCCAAACUCAUAGCUAGAUCCCCUUUCAUCCUGACCAGUGCUAUUCCGGUGGUGAACUCCUUGUCCCCAGCAGGGGUGGGCAAGGCCCCUCCGGGAGGUCCAGUUCCCCUAUCCAUCAUGAUCCUCAGUAUCCUGGUGGUGCUCAUCCUCACAGUAUUUGUUGCUUUUUGCCUCUUGGUGUUUGUGCUCAGGCGCAAUAAAAAGCCACCUGGACGCCAGGAGGGCAUGGGAAAUCAGGAGUGUGGUUCCAUGCAACUCACGCUCAGAAGACACAACAAAUCUAGCAAGAAGGAUGACCUGGGAGGGGAGACGUUCAUCCCCCAAACUAUCGAGCAUAUGAGCAAGAGCCACACCUGUUCGAUUAGAGACUCUGAGUCAGGCUUUAGAUUUGCUGACUCCCAGAGACAGAAAAUAAUAAUGCGCAACAGCACUGACCAAGACAAGGACUCACUGUCCCCCCUGGACCCCCGAAAUAAAAGACUGAGCACCAUUGAUGAGCUGGAUGAGUUCCUGCCGAGAGAAUCCAACAUGUUCAUUCAAAACUUUUUAGACAGUAAAAGGCUGGAUUUCAACAGUAUAGGGGUGAGUGGGUUUGAGAUCCGUUACCCAGAGAAACCACAUGACAAAAAUAUGAAAAAGUCAGUAAUAGGGGGAAACCAUAGUAAGAUAGUAGUGGAGCAAAGGAAAAAUGAGUAUUAUGAACUUAAAGCAAAACUUCAAGGUACACCUGACUACCUUCAGGUUCUGGAGGAACAGACUCAAAUGAGUAAAAUGUAG